GGAGCUGGCAGCAGCCCCGGACGGAACUCCGGAGUGACUUUCGGAGGAGGGAGACUCCCAGAUACCGGGAGAGGGAGCAGCGGCGACUGCCAUCCUAGAAUCGCGGGCGGCUGCUGCGUGCUUGCUGCGCAGAGAUGUCCGCGGCGUCAGCGCGGAGCCAGGGGAAGGGCAGCGCGCCCCCGGGGCCUGUCCCCAAUGGCAAGAUCCGCCUGUACAGCAUGCGUUUCUGCCCGUACGCUCAGAGGAUCCUGCUGGUCCUGCAGGCCCGGGGAAUCGGGCAUGAAGUCAUCAAUAUCAACCUGAAAAAUAAGCCUGAAUGGUUCUUCACGAAGAGUCCUCUUGGUCUGGUGCCAGUUCUGGAAACCAGUCAGGGUCAAUUGAUCUAUGAGUCUAACAUCAUUUGUGAGUACCUGGAUGAGGCAUUUCCUGGGAAGAAGCUGUUGCCAGAAGACCCGUAUGAGAAAGCAUGCCAAAAGAUGACUCUUGAGUUAUUUUCCAAGGUACCAUCUUUGAUAGUAAGCUUUGUUAGAGGGCAAAAUAAAGAAGACUGCUCUGGCCUAAAAGAAGAAUUGCGGAAAGAAUUCAGCAAGUUAGAUGAGGUCCUGAUUAACAAGAAGACAACUUUCUUUGGUGGAAAUUCUAUCUCCAUGAUUGACUACCUCAUUUGGCCCUGGUUUGAACGCCUGGAACCACUGGAACUAACCGAAUGUGUCUCCCACACUCCCAAACUGAAGCUGUGGAUGACAGCCACGAGGAAAGAUCCCAUAGUAACAACCUUCUUCAUUGACCCGAAGAGCUAUCGAAGCUUCUUCAAUCUCUAUUUACAGAACAGCAUUGAGGCCUGCGACUAUGGACUCUGAAUUCAGGGCACAGGAUUCAUUGUGAAGCUAUGUCUGAUAGUUUCUAUCACUGACAGGAAUACUGAUUUCAGGACUUGAUUUCAUUUCACCAAGUAGUCUCAAUCUCAUUGGCUCAUCUCUGAUUUGAUAUCCUGGCUUAACAGGGACUCCACAGGUUACUCAAAUAACUUUUUAGGUUUUAUAGUUUUUGCUGUAACACCCCUACCCCAACAUCUCUGCUAAGACCUAGACUCUAUUCUAGAUGGCUAACUUCUUACAGAAAAUACUCACUGUGAUAUUUUGUGUGAUCAUUCCAGGAAAUUAAUGUUCUCUCAA